AUGGACUUUCGAAGCCAUAUACAUGCACCAAUGGAGGUUUCUCAGCAGCCAGUCCUUCACAUCGAGGCCCGUGUGAAAGCUGAUGGCAUUGUCGUUCGCACUGAUGUGAUCAGAGAUGAAAUAACCAAGUGGCUCGUUGACCAUUUCGUGGUCUUGUCGCUGGGCCAGGAGAUCUCUUCAUUUGACGGUCUCAAAAUGCCAUACGUACAUGCAAUUGAUUCCAUCACCGUCACAGAAUGCAAUGGAGGAGAUUCCGAAUCGGGAGCAUACCGACUCCAACAGGUCGAAUUGGAUGUACAGGCAUACCAGCUGCGACCUCAGUUUGACCAGGAGAGUUCGCAACAAAUCCAGCACCCGGAGGAACCGGCGAAUGAUGGUGACGACAUACCGAAGGAGAGGGUGAUGGCUUUGCCGAAUAAAGAGUUGGACGGGCUGUGGGAGUCGUUGAAAUUUGACCAGCCUAUCCAGUUCAAUCUCCUACACGCAGUGAGUCGUAUGGUGCUUUUUUCUGCCCGGAAGCUCAGCAAAUGGGUUAUUAAUUGGAAUCGACUGGUGCUUCUAUGGGGCCCACCUGGGACGGGCAAAACAAGUCUCUGUCGUGGUCUCUCCCAGAAGCUCGCAAUACGUCUCGGCAAACUCUACCCUGAGAGCAAAUUGAUCGAGAUAAAUGCACACACCCUUGGAAGCAAGUUCUUCAGCGAGAGUGGAAAGCUGGUGAACAGGACAUUUGAGGGCAUUGAGACGCUGCUCGAGGAGGAAGAGGACACCUUUUUCUGCGUCCUUAUCGACGAGGUAGAAACGCUGGCUGCUCGUAGAGAACGUGCGCUUAAUAGUAACGAGCCGUUCGAUGCUGUCCGUGCCGUGAAUGCACUGCUGACCGGACUGGAUCGCCUAAAGAGCCAUUCAAAUGUGGUGGUCGUCUGUACCAGCAACUUGGUCACAGCAUUGGACCCGGCGUUUCUUGACCGCGUUGACAUCAAACAGCACAUACCCCACUUAUCCGACAGGGCCAUUUACGAGAUCUACAAGGAAUGCCUCGAGGAGAUGAGCCGGCGGGAGAUCAUAGAGGGAAUCACUUUCGAUGUGAUCCAAGUCGAUCCGCAAGACCCACAAACAGCACUACAAUACGUGGAGCAGCCUGCAAAGAGCCUCUUACUCCCAUCGUUCGAUGAGAUGAUCCUGAACUAUCAGAUCUUUUCCGACGCCGUUCCCAAACUGCUCGCCGACGCAGUUGCCGCGAGUGUGGGUCUCAGCGGUCGCACUAUUCGACGAUUACCUGCAUUAUCGCUCGUCAUGUAUAGUAACCGCACCCGAAGCGACAUUCGAACGGCCAUCCAGGCCCUCCAGACGGGUAUCGCGUCGGAAAACCAGGCCAAGACGGAGGCUGACCAGCGGUCUGCUUCCUCGUCCGCCGGUACCGAAUCCGCCAACUCCCCCUUCAACCUCACCCUCACUGCCUCCGUCGCAACCGCUGCCGCCCUCGGUUCCGCCGCCUAUCUCUUUGGACAGGAGGCCUUUGCCUCGACCCCUGCUGAGGAAGGAUUGCACGCUACCGCUUAUCCUUGGGAGCAUGCCAAGUGGACCAAGACCUUCGACCACCAGGCUCUCCGCCGUGGUUUCCAGGUCUACCGCGAGGUCUGCGCUAGCUGUCACUCCCUGACCCGUGUGCCCUGGCGCUCGUUCGUCGGUGUCACCCACACCGUCGAUGAGAUGAAGGCCUUCGCCGAGGAGAACGAGUACGACACCGAGCCCAACGACCAGGGUGACAUCGAGAAGCGUCCCGGCAAGCUGUCCGACUACAUGCCCAGCCCUUACAAGAACGAGGAGGCUGCUCGUGCCGCCAACGGUGGUGCCCUGCCCCCGGAUCUGAGCUUGAUCGUCAAGGGCCGUCACGGUGGCUGCGAUUACAUCUUCAGUCUGCUGACCGGUUACCCUGACGAGCCCCCCGCCGGUGCCUCCGUUCAGGAGGGCAUGAACUUCAACCCCUACUUCCCCGGCACUGCUAUUGCCAUGGGUCGUGUCCUCUUCGACGGUGUCGUCGAGUACGAGGAUGGCACCCCCGCCACCACCUCCCAGAUGGCCAAGGACGUCGUCGAGUUCCUCAACUGGUCCGCCGAGCCCGAGAUGGACGACCGCAAGAAGAUGGGUGUCAAGGCCCUGACCCUCCUGACCGGUCUGUUCGCCGUCAGCGUGUGGGUCAAGCGCUACAAGUGGUCUCCGAUCAAGACGAGGAAGAUCGUGUACAGCCCCCCUGUCUCCCCCCGGCGCUAA